AAGAGCUUGAACAAGGAGAUUACAAGUGUGGUGCUGGGCAGACAUGAUUACAAAACCUCUCUCUGCAAUGUAAUAUAAAGAGUUUGCUUUUGAUACGGUCGAACUUGUUGUUGUUUUUUUAAUGACUGCUACAAACACUAAACCAACUUCCGUCUCAAAAGGUCGUGACACAAAUCCUGCCUGGUAGAGGGUUUGUUUGCAUAGUUUUACAUAACAUUCUGGGCUUAGAGUGAUGCUAUCUGUGGUAAAUACAGAGUUUGCUGAUCGACCUUGGUCUCAUCAGCAGAAAGAAGUUUCAGCCUAAUUUGGUUUUAUCUUAACAGCUUUCCACAUUACACCCCCACACGCAUACACAAACCACGCUGUUCCUUACUCCCACUUUGAGCUCUCAAAUCAAAGGCUUCAUUCUCACUAUCAUCCUCCCCACUCUCCCGUAUAAAUUGUUCAAGGAUCCCUUCACAGUAGCAGUUGGAGGGAAACGCACUUUUCCAGCCUUUCUAGAAUCAAGCUCUGUUCACACCGUUCUGCCAUGACUUCAACUCAAUGCCUGAGAGUAUUUUGGAUAAUGGCGCUAAUGAUUCUUCUCGGUGCACAGUUGGGAGAGAGCAGGAGAAAGUCCAAGAAGGAGCCAAACGUCCCAUUCCCCCCUGCCUAUCCCACACCUCAGAAUGUCGCUGCCGUUUGCACCGGGGGAAAUGGCCGUCCCAGAUACCCGGACAGCUUCUUCCCAGCCAGCAGUUUCAGCCACUAUCGCCGCCGCGGAAAAGCCAUCAAUCGCUUGGAGUCGUGGUACAGUUUGUGCUGCAGUGGAGUCGUGGCACAGCAACCCGACCAAAAACUCUGCUGCGCCCAGCAGGCUUGGAAACAAGCCCUGUUUCAGUUCUGUGAGGAAGAAUCCUCCACCAUGACGGUGGUGUACGAGUGCUGUGGGUACCAAGAAAACGCCCGCUGGACCUGCUUCAACAGCGAACUGCCUAACCCCGACUACAGUCCAACACCAGGCUACACCGCUCCUCUAAUGCCUCCAGAGCGAGGUUUCACCUUUAACCCAAAUGCUUGCUAGAGGUGACAGAUUAAUACUCAGUGAAAUGAAUGGAGAACAAUAAAUAGAGUGUCUCGCCUUUGUCUAAAGACAGGAAAUACUGGUUUGGUCCAUGUUUGUUAGUACAAUCUGAAUCCCACUGAGUCAUUUUUCCACCUCUGUAUGUUAACCGAGCUUUUCACUAGUAGCUUUAAAAAAAAAAGAAAAAUUAGGAUAGAAUCAAAAUGCUCACUCUUAAAACUCACACUUAAUGUUUAAAAUGUUACUUGUAACUUCUACUCUGUAAGACACAUGGAAGUCAUAGCCCGGCAGGUCUGAACAUGUGGUUUGACAGGGCUGCAUAAGACCCAGUCGGGUUGUGAUUGGCUGGAUUACUUGGGGAUCAUGUAAGUGAUCAAUGUUGGAGUGUUCUGCCGGGCCUGACUACAAGUCUGAUGUAAAAGUCACAAAUAAACACUUUACAAACUCUUGACAGGGACAUCUUCUGUGUUUGUUCUAUAGUGUGAAACCAGGCUGGCCUCAUGUGUGAAUGAAGCCACCACACUUCCUGUUUUAGGUUUUUCUGCCUUCACAA